CUCAUCUCAUAUUCUGCUUCUCCCAAAACAAGCAUGGCAGCAGCUUAUGCAACUCUAGUUUCUGCUUUGAAUAUCAUAAACAACCUUCAUCAUCAUCCCCGCCCUCCUGUUUCUCUCCACACUAAACAAGUUGAGUCUCUCACUCAAAAGAUUCAUUUCCUGCUCCAAUUUCUCCAAGGUUAUAACGCCCAACGUGGCUACUCCAAAGAAGCGGAUCCAUUGGAGUCUCGCAUUGCAGAUGCAGCUUAUGCCGCCGAACACGCCAUUGAAUCUCAUAUUUUCGAUCAGCUCACAAAUAAUGGAGAAAAUAUGAGUUAUGAUGGCUUGUAUAAAGCUCUCAAUAAGGUUUUACAAGAUAUGGCUUCUGUCGAAAAGGAGGCCAAGCAAAUUCAACGGAGACUUGGAGUCCAAUAUCAGCUGCACACAAAGUCAACGCCUUCGGAUUCGUCGAGAUCUUCUUCGAUCCCGCAGCAGAGUAGCAUGGUGGGUGCUGAUGAUGUCAAGCUUCAAUUGAUGGAUAAGCUCACUUCUCAUUGUCAUGAUCUACAGAUCAUUGCCAUUGUAGGGAUGGGCGGAUCGGGUAAGACCACUCUUGCUAGAAAUAUUUAUGAGGAACGUCUUAUUAAGAAGCAUUUUCAUAUUUGUGCUUGGGCUACCAUCUCUCAAGAAUAUAGCAUUAGAGAAAUAUUUGCAGUAUUUCUUCGUCAGUUCAAUAUAGGAGUUGAUGACAAUUUGAAGGAGGAUGAAUUAAGAGAGAAAUUGCAUCAACAUCUUUUUCAUAGAAGAUACCUGAUUAUAAUGGAUGAUAUGUGGAGCAUUGAUGCAUGGGAUGGAAUUAGAAAUUAUUUUCCGGAUAACGAAAAUGGUAGCAGAAUAGUGGUAACAACUAGGCUAUCAGAUUUGGCUUCUAAAUUACCCAACUCUAAUAGCCUUGGGAUGAAACUUUUGGAUGAGGUUGAAAGUUGGGAGCUUCUCUCCAAAACUGUGUUUGGGGAAAAAAGUUGCCCUGUUAAAUUGGAGGAAAUUGGAAAAAAGAUUGGAAAAAGCUGCAAAGGACUUCCAUUGUCAAUUGUUGUGGUGGGAGGCCUUUUGGCGAAGUCCAAACGUAAAAGAAGGUGUUGGGAAGAAAUAGGGGAAAACUUGAAUGCAAAUGUUAAUUUAAAGGAUGAUGAACGUUGCUUGAAAAUACUAUACAUGAGUUACAAGCAAUUGCCAAUACAUUUGAAACCAUGUUUUCUGUAUAUGGGAGUUUUUCCUGAAGAUAAGAAGAUUAAAAUCUCAAAGGUCAUUAGAUAUUGGAUUGCGGAAGGGUUUCUCAAAGAAGUAAGUGGGAAAAGCUUGGAAGAGAUAGCAAAAGAGUAUUUAAAAGACCUUAUUGGUAGAAAUCUUGUUUUAAGGAGUACGAGUAAGUGGGGAAAGAAGAAGUGCCAAAUUCAUGACUUGUUGAGAGACUUGUGCUUGAGAGAAGCUCAAAAGGAAAGGUUUUAUAAUGAAGCCGUAAGCGUCUUGGCGCCUAUGUCAGAAGCUCGUUGUUUGAUGUGGAAUGUUGGACGAAUACUAUCACCUCUCAAUAUGAGCUUGUUGAGGAUAGUGAAAAGAAAUAAAUUUAAAAAAGAUUUAUUUGGACACACAGAUCAAUUAGUUAACUCACGGUUCCUUCAAAUAGAUAUUUACGGAAGAAUAGAGGGGAAUUUUCCUUGUUCUAUAUGGCGAUUUUGGAAUCUACAAACAGUAAACGUUUACACAAACGAUGAGGUUACUGCGCCAACUGAUUUCUGGUACAUGCCUCACAUCAGGCAUGUUAAGUUUGCAAGGCUUCGUCUCCCAGAUCCUCCUAACGACCAAGAUGACAUUGUUUUGGGAAAUCUGUAAAGACUGGGGACAGUCUAUAAUUUCAAGUGUAGCGAACAAGUGGUCAAAAAAAUUCCUAAUGUAAAAAAAUUGGUUUUUGAUAAUUGGGGAGAGUGUCAUGAUGAUGAUGAUGAGAUGUAUUGUUUGAGCAAUCUCGAUUGUCUAACUAAACUUGAGUCCUUAGAUUGCUAUCUUUGUACAAGAAGUGCAAUCAACUUUCCCCAUUCGCUCAAGAGAUUGGUUCUUUCUACCAUCCCAUAUGGGUGUUGUUGGGAAGGCAUAUUGGAUAAGGUAUGCAUGUUACCCCAUCUUCAGAAGCUCAGACUCAGCUAUGUGAGGUUCGACGAAGGGAAGUGGGAAACAACUGAAGGCCAAUUUCGCAGCCUCAAAUUCUUGGAUCUUAUUUGGGGUAAUCUAGAAAUCUGGAAAAUUGAAAGCUCCCACUUUCCAUGCCUUGAGCGCCUUAGUCUUAUUCAACUAAAUCAGUUGCGGGAAAUCCCUUUAGAUUUCGCAGAAAUACCCACACUUAGAGAAAUACUUGUGGAAUUUUGCAUUGAUUCGGCUGUGGUUUGUGCAAAAAGAAUAUCAGAGGAACACGAGGGCUAUUAUGGGGAAGGAGCCCUUCAAGUUCGUGUUUACCGCCAAAGUUAUAGCAAAGCAGCAGUGGAGAGCUUGGUUAGUCCUAACUUUCGUGUUGAACGUUAAUGAGAAUCACUACUACUAAGUGCAGGUAGUGUGUGGGGAAAUUAAGCGCGCACCACAGAAUGAAUCCAGUCAUGCGUAUGCUCUGUUUCUCUGCUAGGAAAAGCUGCAUCCCUUGCUUUCACUGCAUAUUAGCAUACUUGAUUAAUAUCUUAGCUUUGUAAUGAAUUAUGAUAGAAUUGAUUGAAUAUUUGAGAUAUAUAUGGGAGUCUUUUUGUAUGUAGAUGCUUGAUGUCAAUUGGUGCUCACUUUUUUUUUUUGAACCAUUUGAUAUCUUUGUAGUGAACACUUCAUUUGUGUAGAGAUGAAAAAGUAUUAGAGUUGA